AUGCAACGGCAAUACGUUACCUGCUGCCCAUCACUAGUAGGCACCCGUGAACCCCUAGGGAAAGCCAAGGACAUCAGCAGCAGCAGCAGCAAGUGCUUCACAGCCCAGCCCAAUGCCAGUGCCCAGUGCCCAGUGCGCCGAGGCCCCCGCAAUCCCCCCCCCAUAUGCUAUGAGGCGCUUGUUCCCAGCUGCCGGAUGUCGUCACGGUCGCCGCCACGUAUCGACCGUGAGGGCCGCGGUGGGGCCACCGCGGGAAGCAGCGGCGGUGGGAGCUCAGCGGCCCCAGCAGCCGCCUCACCGGGAGCACCCGAGAACCCCCCUGACGACGAAAGCACCCCCCGGCGGCUGGCGGAGCCCCCUGGUGCUGGCGGCGGGGCAUUGUCCCAAAGCUUUACGGACAGAGAUGCGGCGACGGCGGCGGCAGCGGCGGCGGCAGCGACCCAAAUCGCCGACAGUCAAAGCGGCGCCAGCAGCGGACGCUAUGCAGGCAAUGGGGCCCCCGGGGGCGGUAGCUGCGCGCGCCAUGUCAUCGUAGAGGGCCCGCACACUCCCGAAAGAGAUCAGGAGCGGGGGCCGGAACAUGGGGAGGAUGGGGGCGGCUUUGUUGGAGGGGUUGGCUUGCAGCCCCGCCCUAGCCAGGGCCACGAGGCGCGCAGCAGCGGCACUGGCGGCGGGGGCGGCAGUAGCUUCAACACGCAUGACGGUGGAGGUCGCACCAGUAGCCGCGGCAGCAGGACCUCCUGGGUGCCGCGUGUCGGUAUGCGGCGGGGGGGGGGAGGGGGAGCGGCCACCACGGCGCAGGGGUCAACAAAGACUCAGCGACCGACGCCGCCAUCGCUGGCGGCUGCGGCGGCUGGGACUGUAGGAUUAUCCCUCGACGGCUCCUCGUGUCGUGACUUCUCGGCGUUAAACAGCGAUAGGUUGUCAGAAGGUGCCAGCAUGCCGCUGCAGAGGACUCUGCUGGAGGCGGCGGCGGCGGAGGAGGCGGCGGCGGCGGCACCGCCAACGCUGGUCCAUUUGCAAGCGACGGCCCCGGCAGCACGUGCAGCUGCAAUUGCUGCUGUUGCUGAGCAGCCAGGUCUUGUCACAGCAACGCAGACCCAGUCCCAGAGCACGCAACUUCUGGCAGCUGUGCUGUUUUCAUCGGUGCCGGCACCGGAAGAAGCAGUUCCCCAGCCGCGGCAGCCUGAGGCGGCGCUCCCCCGCCAUCAGCUGCAAGUUGCGGAGGGUGGCGUCCGCACAGGGCGGCCGGAAGCUCCCUCUUCCCCUCCCGCCGCGGCUGCCAGCUUGCUCAGUCGGACGACCUCCGGCAGGCUGCUCGCCGCCAGGCUGCCAGCCGUACAACCCCAGCUGCCAGCCGUACAACCCCACGAUCCAAUAUCGCCCGCCAAGCUGCUCACCUCAGCAGAGGAGCGCUUGGAGCCGCAAACGCCUGUGGGGACGGCGGUAGGGGGCACAGCGGCGUCAUCGUCGGCAGCGAUAGUCGCAAUUGCCUCGCCGGGUGUGAGCGCGGGUCCCGGAGCCGGCGGCGGCAGUGCGCAGGUACGGCAGCAGCUGGUGACCCGGAUCACUUUGGACCGUCGCUGCAGCAGCGGACGCGUUGCCAACCUGCCCUCCUAUUUCGAGGUACUGGACCUGGAAAUCUCAUCGGCAGUCGCGACCGCAGCGGCGGCGGCGGCGGCGGCUGCAUCCGUCGGUGUUGCCGCACCGACCACCACGUCCUCAGCGAUCAGCGAGGACUUCGGUGAUGGCGGCGGCGGCGGCGGCGGCGGCGGCGGCGGCCAGGACAGCUCCUUGGCUGCAAGAAUGGCCGCCGUGGACACUGUUCGUGCACCGACGCAGUUGGAGCGCAUGUCUCAGCCGACGCAGGCGUACGGCACGGGCCACGGCUGCAGGGUCUGUGGCCUGGGCGACGUCAGACCGGUGACGAUGCUUGCGGCAGGCGACCACGGCGGCAAUGGUGACGGAGGCGGUGGCAUAAGGCUAUCUGGCUGGCCAGGUCCUCCAGUUCCCCGCCUGUCUGCAUCUGCGUCCCCAUCCGGGCUCCGGGACGUGGAGGCUGAGGUGCCGACGGGGCAGCCGUCUACGUGGGCCUGGCGCGCGCAGUACCACUACCCGCCGCCGCCGCCGCCGCCCCCACAGUUACAGCACCACCAGCAGCCCGCCUCGCCGCACGCCGACGUCCGCAUCCGUUGCUGGGAAAGGUCACUCGGCUGCGGCAGUGAAGGCGGCAGCAAUGCCGACGGCAGCAGCGGCUGCAGCGGCUCGGCAGCUGCAAUGGGCCGCGCGGCGCGGCGGUACCCGGCGCCACCGCCUCCUUCGCAGGCACAGCCGGAUAGGAAGACCGACGGCGCGGCCCCAGGCUCGAGCUCCGUUACGGAACUGCGGCAGCAUUACCAGCAGCACAACCAGCACUACCCGCACCGGCCCAAUAAGCACACGGCGCAGCGGCAAAUGGAUCAUGUGCCAACGCCGCGUACUUCGAUGUGGCAAGCCCCUCCGCCGCCGCCGCCGCCGCUUCCACCUCCGCCGCCUCAGCAACAGCCGCGGCAGGCCGCAGCUGCUGCGGGGUUUCAGGUCCAUUGCGACGGUUCGCUCCGCCGGUUGCCCCAACGGGAGCCCUCCUUCCCGGGGCGGUUGUCUCCGCACCACCGGAAAACGGAGGAGUGUGCCGCCACGCACAGGGGUACGUCAGCGGCAUCGGCACCUUCGGCCGUCGCGGGUCAGUGCUUCAACGAGGGCUGGAGGGUCCCAGCCGCCGAAAUCGCUGCCGCUGGGGGCGGCGUUGCGCGGCAUGUACGGCCUGUAAGGAUGCACAAUAGCGGCCGCGGCGGCAACGCGGCCCAGCAGGACGAGCUCCUCACACCGCGCACCAUCGCCGCUAUUUCUAGCCCGUUCGGCGCUGCCACCUUCGGCGGCGGCUCCUACCCUGCUGCCGUACUAGCCGCCAGGCAAGGUGUGGCACUGAGUUUUGCAAAGGAGAGACGGAGGCCCGGCAGGCUGCCGACGCCGCCACCACGGCCGCCGCUUCAGCCACCGCCAUCGCCGCCGCUGCGGCAGCAACAGCAGCAUGAGCGCCGGCAUCACCUUGAAGGAGUAUCGGGGCUGUCGCGGCUGGACGAACCGGGAUGGUUGGACUGCAUGGUGGCGGCGGCUGCAUGCGGGGACGCGUCCAGUUUGGAGCGUAUGUUUGCGGGACUGGGGGAUGCGGCACUGACAGCGCUGAUGCACGCGGUGGAGAUGCUGGAGGCGGGUGCUGGAGAGCCGGAUGGAGCUGCCCCAGUGAACGGGGCCAGGUGGGGACCGCCGCUGGACGCCGCCGAGCAGCAGCAGCUCGGUAGCGCCGGCGCAGCUGCUACAGCUGCCGUGGCGGCCGCGGCGGCGACAGCAGACGCUACAGUGCAAGGCGCUGAGGACGCAGCGGCGGCCGCGAUAAGCUACCAAAAGGAGCUGUGGCGGCGGCACACUGGGUGCGGCGCAGUGCGACAGACAGCCGAACACGGGUACGACGAUGCUGCCGGUACCGCUGGUGUCAGCAGGUACGAUGCCGCGGCGGCGGAUAUGAAGCCAGGGGUGACCUGCAGCGGGGCCGACGACGGCGGCCAGCAGGCCACAGGGGCAAGCACGGGUAGCGGUAUGGGGACUGAAGCCAGUAACGUAUGUAGGGGCGGCGGCGGCGACCUCGACGGAGUGAAUAGAGCGGAGCUGCCGAACCGACCAGGCAGAAAGGUCACCGCCGCUUCCAGCAGUGCGGCAAUAUCCACCAAGAUCUCGGCAGUCGGCCAUGGGAGCUGCAGCGCCUUUGCCGCUGCGGCAACCGCCGCCAGUACGACACUGGUGCAGGGCUGUUCUGAGGGUGGUGGUACGCGCACGGGAGGAGGGGAUGCAGGGGGGGUGUCCCCGGGCUAUGCGGGCGGCGACGACUUCCAUGCACCGUCCUCCAUCGUACCCCUCACUCUCACGACCGCGAGAACCAUUCGGCCACGGAAGGCCGUGCGUGGUAGCAGCCGCGGAAGCGGCGGCGGCGGCGCCGCCGCCGCUACUGAAGUCACCGUGAUACCUGCAGCCGCCGGCGAGAUGAGGGCUUCUUCAACACCGGCUGUGGCGAAUGCGGGCGGAGAAGCUGCUUUAUCAACUGAUGGAAUCGUCAGCGCCUUUGGCGGCGUCGCAACGGCGACCGCUGCCGCCGCGGGGCUGCCGUCAGCGGAGGUUGGCCCCUCAGCGGCCGAGCCGCACGGGGCGGUGUCCGCCGUGGCCUGCCUGAAACGGGGAACCCCCGACGGAGGGACAGCUGCGGGUACGGCACAUGGUGCUGCAGGCAUGCAUGACGAGGCGGCGGAUAUCGCUGGGCAUGCUCUUCCGGUGCGUCAGUCCUUGGACGGCGUUGCGGGUAUCAAGGCUGCAGCAGUGGGGGAGUAUGUGGAGGGAACCAGUAGGCACGAGACGGCUGUGCAGGUGGAGGCGGAGGGGAUGGUGGGUGCAUCCUCGGCGGCGGUGUCGCUGCCGAGACUUGCGACACGCUUCGCGCUGGCGUCGCCCUUCGCACAUGCCGCCAUGCAGGCCCUGCCGCCCGACGGCGACAGUGAAGCCGGCGAUAGCAGUGGAGGAGCUGGCACGGCGGCCGACACCGGCGCGGCUGAGGCGCAGCCUACGGACCACAUUGCUCAGGCUCCCCAUCCCAGGUCGCAGCCUGCAUCACCGGUCGCGGCCAGCUCAGCCCGAAGAACAAUUACAUCAUCAGCAGCAACGGUCGAGGGAGGGUUGCAAGCUGCGGCACAGGACACUGCGGCACCGUUGCCGCCACCGGCGGCUAGGCAAUAUGCAGUCGCGGUGGCCGGGACGGAGCUGGGACUUCAUCAACGGACUUGUUCGAUGAGGGGCGCAUCCCGCGUGGGCAGCAUCGGGAUUGGAGGCGUGCCUGAUACUGGUCGACGUGGCAGCGGAUUCAGUGCAUAUCGCAACCCGGCAGCGGCUGGAACAAGUACAGCCCAGCAGUAUUCACAUUCCCACCCGUAUCAGCUCCAGCACCAGUUCUACACGCCCGCGACAGAGGCAGUCGUCAGCAGCAGCGGCGGCGCAGCGGAUGCGCAUGGCCUUCCGGCGAUGCCAGCGGCGCAGGGCUGGGGUCCGGCGCCUCCGUGCCCUGUCGUCAUCGGCGGCGGGGCUUUCCCUGUCGCGUUGCAGGACGGCCCGGCGCGGUACGGCGUUGUGUCGCUGGGUGCGGCGGCGGCACCAACGCGGCAGUAUAGCUGGCAGCUACCGUACCAGGUAGCGCAGGCCGUGCUGCACGGGUCACCAUUCCCUGGGCCAUCGGUGUCGCUGCCGCCACCAACCUUUCCAUACCUGCAGCCCCACGCAGCAAAUUAUCACCAGCCUAUGCCCAUCACCGCCAAUGCAGCCCAUGACGACGUGCCUAACGAAGUUUACCGCUGCGGGGGCGGCAACACACGCCCGGACGGAGCUGCCGGAUAUGUGAUGGGGCCAUUGGCGAUCGGUGUUGCAACGGGGGGAUCGGUCGUGGCGCGUGACCAUACUGUUGAGGUGGCCCCCCACAUGCAACUGCCCAUGCUGCCAAUGGCGUCCACGUCAUACGUACAUCCGAACUCACAGCAACUACACCAGCAGCAACAGCACCCGCAGCCAUGGCCGCCAGCGGCACCAUUGGCUACGGCGUGCCCGCAGCCGCUAGUACGGCAGUGCUCAGCAACAUGCACGUUAUCGCCAGCAUUAUUCGUGCCGAUGAUCGUACCGCAGCAGCAGCAGCAGCAGCAGCAGCAGCCCGGCGGCGCCUGUGCCGGCAUGGGUGUGAUGGUGUGUGCUGCGGUUCCCCCGCCAACAACACCCCAGCUUGAGUCAGUGGUGGACGAGGCUGCAGGGACAAUGAUCGGCCCCAGGAACCAACCUGUGUACUUGCAGCCUCCACCCGCGUGGGCCGUACUACAGUUUGGAAUACCGCCAUAUGGCGGAAAUUACAAGGCCGCGCCGAGUGUGGCGGAUGAUCAACGAGAUGUAGCACUGACGACGUACGGCGCAGGUGCUGGUGCUUGGGAGGCGCACUGGCCAUCACCGGGGAUGGAGCUGCAGCACCGGGUCGGGCAAGAUGCCAGCGGCGUUCUCGUGGCAGGACGCCAACAUGAGAUGUUAUUUCAGCAAAGCGAGCCCACGGCUGCCACCACAAUGGAGGAGGCGCAUCUGCCAGGCACGAUGCCACCGCCCCCGGCUGGAGAGCACCGGGAGCAGCAGAAGCACUACCUUGACGACGAGGGUGGAGAAAGUGGUGACGGCAGUGAGCGGCGAGGGAGCCGCACGCGGAGCCGUCCUCGAGGUGGGCCCAGCACGGUGGGCGGCGCCGGCAGCUGCAGCGCUGGUGCGGUCACAGCCAAGCCUCCCCGUGAUGCAGUGUCGGUGCUCAAAUGGUGCCAUGUACAGCAUUCACGCAAGCAGGCUCCAUCUCUGGAUGACGACCUAGUUCGGGAGCUGGUCCGGGUGCAGCUGCAGUCCAACAAGCCCAUCCGCGCGCCUUGGUAUCGUGACGCAGCCACCAGCCGCCAGCAGGCUCAGGCUGCAGCUGCAGUCCUGCAGCGGCAGCAACAACGCCAGCGAGAAAAGCGGCACGCCGAGGUUCAGCAGGGUACUAGGCAAGCGACUCAGAAGCCAUGUUUUCAUCAGCGCAAAACGGAGGGAAAAUGGUUGCCGGCGCAACACGUGGAGGGUGAGGUACAUGAGGUCCUCAGCAUUAGCAAUAGUGAGAGGGGUGAGGCACAUGUGCACAACAUGGAGAGGGCAAGCGCUGAGGCCAGAGGCGGCGUGAGCGUAACAACGGAUAUGGCAAGCGGAAUGGGAACUGGUGUUUUCAUUCCCAAGAAGGGGUGA